AUGAACGGCGACCACAACAAGAGACGGCCGACGCCGCCAAAGACAAUACAACCACCGUCCACGACCACCUGGCGGCCUGUGCCUCACCAGGGCAUCUGGUCCCCGUCGCCUCUGGAUGAACUCCCAAACCCCCUCGAUCGAGGCGUCGAGACGAACUUUGGUGCACCUCAUUCGUCUUUUCCUAGACCGUCGUCCCACAGCGCAUCUUUCGCGACUCAGAUGCUACCACCGCAGAGGAUCCCUUUUCAGCAGUAUCCCCAGGUCCCUCUUCGCCCCGGCGACGUGGGCGCGUCCUUCUUUGACCAUGACUCGCCCCUUCCCCAGGCGCCGGUGCGUGUCAUGAUCCAACGCCUGCCGCCCACAAUCUCGGAGGCCGAGGUGCGUCUUAUGCUCGUCUUUUCUCAGGAGCUCGUCGGCAUCCAGCUCACGGGCCCCGACAGCUAUGAGGGCAUUUACUACCGUUCGGCUGUGGUGGUCUUUCGGAGUAUGAAUGGCGCGACUGAAGCCCAAAAAAUGCUCCACGGCCGCGCCAACAUGGACGGCCGCGCCAACAUGGCUGUUACUAUCUUGUCCUCGCCCGCCGUUGGAUCGCCCGCCAUUGGAUCGCCCGUCAGUGCGCCAUUCGCCGUGCCGAACCCGGCAUCCAAUGUCAGCGCGGAUGUCUUUACGGCGUCAAUCUAUCGUCCACAGCCGGCCCCUAUCGGCAACGGCUUUCCGCCGCGUGACGCACUGUCGCCGACGUCCAGGGCUGGUCGCUUUUUCACGGCUGCUCCUCCUCAUCAGGACCUUGCUGCUCCGGACACCCAAGCCGGCAGCCACUACAAGAGCCUCUUUAACCCCCAUUCGCCUAUCGGCAACCAUCUCGCCAACGAGGCGUCAGGACGACUGGGUAAGCACCUCAUCAACGAUGAGCUCGGCGAUGAUGACGACAGAGAGCUCCUUAGGGAUUCGUUUGCCUACGCGGGUAAGGCCACCCCUGCCCAGCGGAGAGGCACUACGCCUCAAGACCCCAUCAACCAAGCAAUGGCAAACCUGGCUCUCAACUCGGGCGCCUCUUCUACGCCCUCGCCAAUGUCGGCGUCGUACAUGCCGGGUCUGACUUCCGCCAACGGCAAUGGCAACUAUCUGAGCCUUGAACAACAGUUGCAACAGCAGCAGCAGCAGCAACAGCAGCAACAGCUACAGCUACAGCUACAGCAACAGCUACAACAGCAGCAACAGCUACAACAGCAGCAACAGCUACAACAGCAGCAACAGCUACAACAGCUACAACAGCAGCAACAGCAGCAACAGCUACAGCUACAGCUACAGCUACAGUCACAGCAGCGUCAUCAGCUUUCUCAACUGCCGCAGCAAAAUCCACAACAACAAUCGCUGCCGCAGCAUAAUAAGCAGCAGCAGCAGCCACGAGCGCAACCUCAGCAGGACAGGCAACAGCAACAGCAGCGACAGCAGCAGCAACAACGGCAGCAGCAACGGCAGCAACGGCAACAGCAACAGGCGCCGUAUGGAAGACCCAACUUUCCUCCCGUCAACCCUGCGGAUCAAAACCCGCCCUGCAACACCCUCUACGUUGGCAACCUGCCCGGCGACACGUCCGAGGAGGAGCUCAAGCUCUUGUUCGGCGGCGUGCGGGGCUACAAGAGGUUGUGCUUCAGAACUAAGCAGAACGGACCCAUGUGCUUUGUCGAGUUCGAAGACAUUGGCCAUGCCACCAAAGCACUCAGCCAGCUGUACGGAUUUUGUUUAAACAACAGCUCAAAGGGUGGCAUCCGCCUGAGCUUCUCCAAGAAUCCUCUUGGUGUCCGCAACAACCCCGCGCAGCCUCCUCAUGGAAACAUGGCUCCUGUCAACGGAAUGCCCUCGUCCACAGCUAACGGCUUUACGGCGGCCAGUGGCCCUCCCCCGGGCCUGCCUAGGCCGCCCAACUUUGGCAACCGGGCCUAUACAUCAUAUACCCCCAACGGCCGCGGCAGCAACACGGGGACACCUGACAAUGGCUCUAGUGCUGGCUCUAGUGCUGGCUCUGGUGCUGGUGGCUCUGGUGCUGGUGGCUCUGGUGCUGGUGGCUCCGGUGCUGAUGGCUCUGGCGCUGGCUCUGGCUCUGGUUCUGGUGCUGGCUCUAGUUCUGGCUCUGGAUUUCAAAGAACACCAUAUUAUAGGAACGGCGCCAACGGGCCCAAGCCUCCUCAUCCUCCCUUUCCUUAA